AUGAACUCACCCCGCGCAUGGUGGCAACUGCCGGAUGGGGAUGGGGAUGAUGAUCAUGGUGAAGAGGCGAAGGUUCACAUUCUUGCAGAGCCUGGCACACCGGCUCGUUCUCAAAGCAGUGGCACUGGAACGGAAGGUCUCGCCGAAGGGUGGCAAUCCCUGCGGCUUGCCAGCAGCACCAUGAGAUCAUCCGAGAUGAAAUCCAAGCCGAAGCGCUUUCAGCAAGUGCUCAACCAGUGGAUUCGGCGACCGCCCGAUCGUGAGCGGCUGCACCGCCUGGCCAAGCCGGUAAGGCGGAAGACACAGGAAGCCAGCUUUGAGCUGACGCUGGUGCAUCCCAACAGGACCUUUGAUACGACCCAUCUCGUUGAGUUGGCGGCGCCCAAGCAGGAAAAGAAGCCAGUCCCAUUGGCCGCGGCUCCGCAGCUCCGGCGGCCCUUAAACCUGAUCCGACUCAAAGAGCUUGCAGAACCGCAGUUGCGGCGGCGACCAGAGAAGACCAUUGAGAUCGCCAGCAGGAGAACGAGGCAAUCAGACUGUGACGAAGAAAAGGCAUUGAAAAAGGCAGAGCGGCACGGCGACAGCGACAGCUCCGAGGUCUUGGUGGCUCUGGCGCUCGGAGCUCCUGACUUGGCGGAGGAGGCCAAGAAAGCUUCGGAGGAGGCGUGGAUGCGCAGCGCCUGCGCAGCUUGGGAGCAUGCAAAAGAGCUGAAGAAGUCCUCCAAAGAUGCCGCUAAGAUUGCAGACGAAGUGAAGGCGGCGGGUGAAGGUGCCAAGGAGGCCGUGAAAAAAGCCAAGGAAUUGGAUGCCAAGAUGUCGGCCUUGUAUGAGUCCACGCGGCAAAGCACCGUGGCGGCUGCAACGGAGGCUGCCAUGGCCUACUAUGCGGAGGUGAAGGAGGCAGGUGCCCAGGCAGCUGCAGAGGCAGCCUCUCCGGCACGCCGCGGGGCGGCAGCUGCGGCGCAGGAAGCGCAGGUGGCUGCAGCUGCCAUCGAUGCGGCCAUGCCAUACCAUGAGGCUCAGCUGAAGGCACAAAAGCGCGCAAUGGAGUACCAGCAGCAUGCCCAGGCGAUGAACACUGCAGGCCAGCAGCUCGAGGUGGAGGGUGCUCGUUUGGCACCCCAUGCACAAGGCUAUCAGAUGGUGGGCAAGGUGGAUGAGGCGAAUCAGAUCAUCCGAACGGCGCAUUUGCUGGUGGAUCAAGGUUUGAAGCUGAAGCGUCAAGCCAAAUCGAUCCACCAGAGCGCCGUGGAGCUCAACGAUGCUUUGCCUCAGUAUGCCACAGCAGAACAGGCAGCAAUUCUUCAUGCGGCAGCGAUGGCAGCCGGCCCCACUUUGCCAACCAAUGCUCCUCCGUACUAGGCCUUUGUGUGGUCAGCAAAUCGGAGAAAGCUUUACAAGUGUAGAGAUUAGUUUCCUUUCUAUUUUUGUUUAAGACCCGAUGCCAUAUGCGUUUUUCUUUUUUCCUGCUUUCCUGUUGCUAUGUCGCCAAUUUACAAUGCCGGCACUCGCCUUUGUUGCAUGAAGAGCCAUGAGAGCAUGCAGCGGCAAGUACAGGGCAACGUGUUUGUUCACUGUGCGUUGUAGGUCCAAAGUCCAUGAUGUGCUCCGAUUGGAGCAAGCCAGCGUAAAAGUG